CCCUCUCCCCUCCCCCCCUCCCCCCCCUCCAGUACCACAGAGAAUGUCGUGGGGUCUGUGAAAGGGUCAGAAAUGUGGCCACAUCUCGCUCCAGGAGCAACGGGCUUCAGUAAUGUCAUCUACCUGACUGGAAUAUAAAGUCGCUUUUCUCUCCCUCUCUCUCUCUCUCUCUCUCUCACUCUCGCGCUCGCUCUCUGCUGAUUUCAAGUGGUCUUCUUGCAGACAGACACCAUGAAUACCUGGCUGAUCGUUGCGGUUCUGCUGCCUCUGGCUGACGGCUUUCAUCUGGAAUGCAUCCGGCACGAAAGAGAGAGAUGCAUGAGCAAACUGAGAGAGGAAGAUCAAACCGCCUUUGACUGCCCCGGGAUGUGGGACAACAUAACCUGCUGGCCGAACGCGGAUUACGGAGACGUCAUUUCCGUCACCUGCCCGGGAAUCUUCAUGAUGAUUAACACCAUUGAUGCUUUAGGCAUCAUCUACAGGAACUGUACCUACGAGGGCUGGUCAGAAACAUUCCCCCAUUACUACGACGCGUGUGGUGUCGAUGAAAAUAUCACAGAGUUUGAAGAUCAGGAUCCAUACUAUGUGUCCGUCAAGGCUCUCUACACGGUCGGCUAUAGCACCUCUCUGGUUUCCUUGGUGAUCGCCAUGAUUAUACUCUGCCGGUUUAGGAAGCUGCAUUGUACCCGGAACUACAUCCACAUGAACCUGUUUGUCUCCUUCAUCCUGCGCGCCAUAUCCGUCUUCAUCAAGGACGCCAUUUUGUAUGCGGAAGACGAGGAGUACCAUUGCUCCAUCAGCUCAGUGCAAUGCAAGGCCAUGAUGGUCUUCUUUCAUUACUGCGUGAUGUCCAACUAUUUCUGGCUGUUCAUCGAGGGGCUGUACCUCUUCACCCUGCUGGUCGAGACCUUCUUUCCCGAGCGCCGAUACUUCUACUGGUACAUCCUCAUCGGAUGGGGAACUCCCACUAUUUGCGUUACGAUCUGGACUGUACUGCGCCUUCACUUUGAUGACUCUGGCUGCUGGGACACCAAUGAGCACCGGGCCCUGUGGUGGGUAAUUAAAGGGCCAGUUAUCGCGUCUAUUAUGGUGAACUUCAUCCUCUUCAUUGGGAUCAUCUUCAUCCUCGUGCAGAAGCUCCAGUCCCCAGACAUGGGAGGGAACGAGUCCAGCAUCUACUUGAGACUGGCCAGAUCGACCCUCCUUCUCAUCCCGCUGUUUGGGAUUCACUACACGGUGUUUGCCUUUUACCCCGAAGAUGUUAAUACCCGGGAACGGCUGGUGUUUGAACUGGGAUUGGGAUCUUUCCAGGGCUUUGUGGUGGCAGUUCUGUAUUGUUUCCUCAACGGAGAGGUGCAGUCCGAGAUCAAGAGAAAAUGGAGGAGCUGGAAGGUGAACCGGUAUUUUGCUGUUGACUUCAAGCACCGCCACCCCUCCCUGGCCAGUAGCGGGGUCAACGGAGGGACGCAGCUCUCCGUCCUUAGUAAGAGCAGCUCCCAAAUCCGCAUGUCCAGUGUCAACGCUGAAAAUCUGGUCACAUGAUGCCACCAAGGCCGCCACCUCCUCCGAUCCGAUCUGUCCCCACCUCAAGCCGAAAGGCCAGCCUGUUCCCCCUCCCUCUGUUUGGGAGGAAGAGUUGUGAUCGCAUGGAACCAUUUAAUCCUCUUUACAUUGAGGUGGAUUCUGGGCUGUCCAGCAUCCUUUGGUUAACUGAGUCCCUUCUGCUUGUUCUCUUCCCUCCUCUCACAUCCCAGUCUCUAUUAAUUCCCCCAAAAAAGACAUUUGCAAACAGAAUAAUAACUCAAUGUCGUGGAGUGGGACUGAGACUCCAGCGUGUUUUUUCGAUUUGGAGUUGGCUCCCUUGGCGGCGUGGGGAGCUCCUUCUUCCCGCCCCGAGUGACAAACUUUUGAUGGGGUUUGGUGGCACGGGACUUGACGUUUGCUACACGCUACGGUAGGAGUUCCAUCGCUUGCUGCGUGUCCCAGAAACCCCCCCCUCCCCCCCCCCCCCCCCCUUGAGGUGGGUUGCCGAGGAGUUGCCGGGCCUAUUUCCCCUGGUUGCCUCGGCCUCUGAGGGGUUGAGACUUUCCACCGCCAUUGUCCCCCAACUCCAUUGCCCACCGAAGCCAAGACCUUCGAC